UCUCUGUCGGCUGCUGUUCCCCUGCCGCUCUCUCAAACGUUUUUCUCGCGAGGAAGAGGAAGCGCCUCGAAGCGUACCUCUCGUUAAUAUGCCUGUGACAAUCUAAGAUUUUCUCGCAAAUCACGAGUACACGCGUAUCGAUCAGUGUGAAUCCUCAGACAAUGAUGUAUAAGCUAAUCGUGUCUUGUGCAUUUCUCUGCCUGUUCUAUCCGCGCCUUCGGCUCUGCGAAGCCGGCGCGUCUGCCAAUCGAGGAUAUGUAUUCACUGCACCGAGGAGAUUCUUGGCCGGCGAAACCGAGAGCGGCUGUUUGUCGCUGCACAAUCUCGAGCCACCGGCACACGUUAUCCUGGAGCUGCUAUCUCCAGCGGGUACAAGUGCGGAAGAUGAGGUACUAACCAGAACGAGUGGCAUCAUUAAAACAGGGAUAGAAACAUGUCUGGAACUGGCAGUACCUUUCACGAAAUAUUUCAACGGACGACUACGAUUAAAGAUAAAAUUCGACAAAUAUCCCGACUACAUCGUGGAAACGGAAAAAGAAAUUUACAUCGAGCACGAUUCCCUAAUCACGUUCGUCGAGACAGAUAAACCUGUCUACAAACCUGGACAAGAUGUGAACAUUAGAAUCCUUAUGCUCAAGCACGACUUGAAGCCUUGGAAGAAAACGAUACCUAAAGUAUGGAUUGAGAAUCCAUCCGAGGUGCGAGUGGCGCAGUGGGCCAAUGUCAGUACUGAAAAUGGAAUGGCGCAAUUAAAAUUCGCUCUAUCUCCGGAACCAAGUCCGGGUACCUGGAAGAUUAAAGUGGAGAAGAGAAGAUCGCAACCGCAACUGAUCCAUACAACCGUAUUCGAGGUGAAGAAAUACGUUCUUCCGAGAUUUCAAGUGACCAUAACUUCACCGGGAUACAUUCUCGCGGAUGCGGAGAAUGUUACGUGGAACAUAUGCGCAAAAUACAGUUAUGGCAAGCCGGUCAAAGGUAAAUUGCUUCUAAAAUCGACGCCUCAAAUACCGACAUGGAGAAGGAAACCCAAUCUUCCAGAAAUACAUUACGAAACGGAGCUGGAUUCGCCGGAUGGUUGCACCGAAUUUGUAUUAUCGGGCGCGGUGCUCGGACUCGCUCAAUGGAAAGUGGCACCAAAUAACAUCGUCCUUAUAGCUAACUUUACCGAGACUGGUACUGGCAUAGUAGAGACAAGCAUUAGCCGGACUGUGGUCGUGCAUCAGACCUUAAAACUGGAGUUUCUACCGUACACACCAAAAUACUUUAAACUGGGCUUGCCGUAUCAUGGAAAGUUACGCGUCUCGCGGCAUGACAAUACCCCGGCACCGCACGAGAAGAUCCAGCUCUGCGUACGAGUACGCGGUAAGGACGAGUGGCUUCGCGUGGUAGUUGAAUGCCGCAACUUCACAUCUUCGUCUGACGGUUUUGUUGACUUUGUCGUACCACCACCGCACAGAAACAUCGUCCUGCUGAGCUUCGUCGCGACUGGUAUCGACUAUCCUACGAAAUACUACUCGCCGGACACACGUUGGCGAGUUUUCAUGGAUCAACCAUCAGCACAUAUCGAAGUGAAUCCUUGGUACUCACCGUCAGACAGCUAUUUGGCGGUAGCCCGAGGUUAUCAACCGAUUGUUUGCGGCGAAAAAUACUCAUUCAAUGUCAUGUAUACGGUGCCGGCGAAAAGUAAAACCAACGAGUCCAUUUCCUUCCAUUAUUCGAUCAAUUCUAAGGGGGACCUGUUAAUAUACGGUCAUGUGAAACACCGACCGACUAGAGAUACGGUUUUGAAUUACUCGGAAUUUCGGAACUUGUUAGGUGCUGUCGAAUCACCAGGAAAUAAAACAGAUCAGGGUACAAUUGCUCAUAGAUUUCCUCUCAGCGUCAAGAUCACUCCGUCUAUGGCACCUGUCUCCGAAUUGCUGUUAUACUACGUUCGUUCGGACGGUGAGAUUGUUGCUACCACGUAUUCCAUCAAAGUGGGACACUGUUUCGAGAAUAAAGUAAAGACCGCCUGGCACACCGACGCUCAAACCCCGGGAACAGCCACUCAGUACCACGUGGAAGCUGCUCCCUGGUCUCUCUGCGGCAUUUCAGCAGUCGACAAGUCGACUCGUUUCUUAGCAGGAGCCAAAGCAAACCUGAUUGACGCUGAUCAGACUUUUGCUCAGAUGAAGAGAUUCCAUAUCGAACCGGAGCCGCGUCCUAUUUGGACGUGGACUCAUUGCAAAGCUGCAACGCACGAAGAAACAACUAACACAGAAUUCGAUCAUUUACCAAUGCCCGCUUUUGAAGAAUCACCCUCGUGGGAGCGUAAAAGGAAAAGAAGAACGGUGUACAACGGCGGACUUGUGAAUUACGUAGAUGCCAUACAGGCGUUCGAUGACUUCGGAGCUGUUGUGAUGAGCGAUUUGAUACUUGAAACACGGCCCUGCCUUCAACUUCGUAGAGGUAGAGGUAGAAGCAUGAACGUGAAGGCCCCUAUGAUUGCAACCUCUGCAAUUCCUUUCUUCUCCGCAGACAUGGAAACGGAUGCUGAAAAAAUGUUUAAAGCGAAGACAUUGCCUAUGGCGUAUCCAUUAUUAAACGUGGGUCCCGAGCAGGGAUACGUGGAUCAAACGUCCGAUCAACCUCCCCUCAGAUCUUACUUCCCUGAAACGUGGCUGUGGGAAUUAGUGCCGACAGGAAAAGAAGGCAAAGUGACGGUAGAACGUACUCUGCCUCAUACCAUUACUGAUUGGAUCGGAUACACUGCGUGUGUUUCACCUACACACGGUCUCGGAAUAGCACCACCGACCACCAUCACGGGAUUCCAACCGUUUUUCCUCGAUUAUAGCUUACCAUAUAGUGUGAAACGCGGAGAAAUGUUGCGCAUGAAAGUUUCCUUGUUUAAUUACAUGCAGCACAGUUUACCGGUCAAGAUUAAGUUGGAAGACGCAACGGGGCUCGACUUGCAUCUAUCGCACGCAGUCGCUUCAUUCUGUGUAAAACCACGAGAUAGUGUAGUACACGAAUAUAUUCUCAGACCGCGAGUUCUCGGCGAUGUUAAUAUCACGGUUUCCGCUUCAAUCGAUUCGGAUUAUGCCGAGCCAUGCGGCCCGGAAGUGCUUGUAUAUACACGGGACGUGAUUGUAAAACCAAUACUAGUGCUACCGGAAGGAUUCCCUGUAGAAAUGACAAAAUCUGCGUUCAUCUGUCCGAAGGACUUCAGCGAUGAUUCCAUCAUAACUUGGAAUCUCGAUCUACCUAACGAUUUGGUACCCGAGAGCGCGAGAGCAUACGUGUCCCUGAUAGGAGAUAUCCUGGGUCCGGCGCUCGAGAAUCUAGAUAAGCUCGUUCGUUUGCCGAUGGGAUGCGGCGAGCAAAAUAUGAUUCUCUUUGUUCCUAAUAUCCAUGUUAUUGGCUACUUGGACGCUUCUGGAAUUGAUAAUCCGGAGCUAAGAGCAAAAGCGAUCAAAAAUAUGGAAAAAGGAUAUCAGCGCGAAUUAAUAUAUAGACAUCCGGACGGUUCGUACUCCGCGUUCGGUCCGGAAAGCUCAGAGGAUGGUAGCUCGAUUUGGCUCACCGCAUUCGUGAUCAAAUCCUUUGCUCAAGCGAAGAAUAUAAUUCACAUCGACGAACGAGAUCUCAAAAUUUCUGUAAAAUGGAUGGUGAAGAAACAAUUGGAAAAUGGAUGCUUCCCUGUGAUUGGCAGAGUAUUCCACAAAGAUAUGAAGGGCGGUCUGCAAGAUGACGAUACUUCUUCCUCGGCAUUAACGGCUUACAUUUUGAUCUCGCUCUUAGAAUCGGGCGUGCCAUUAACAGCAUCACUCAUUAAUAACGCUCUACAUUGCCUGGAGAAAGGAAUGGAGAAUGACGGCGGUACAACGUAUACGGCAGCUUUAUCCACCUAUGCCUUAACGUUAUUAGAACAUCCAAAAGCGAACAACAGCAUGAAAUUGCUUAUGAAACGUGCAACGCGGAACAAUGAUCUUCUCUGGUGGGAAGAUAAACAUAAACCAUCGCUAGGACUGAGCAUCGAAAUGACAGCAUAUGCCGUGCUAUCUUUGGUGAAGUUAGGCGGCGAGACGAAUAUGGUCGAGGCAUUGAAGGCAGUCCGUUGGAUGUCGAAACAACGCAAUGCGGAAGGCGGCUUCACAUCUACACAGGACACUGUGCUUGGCCUGGAGGCGCUCACAAAGUACGCCGCUGCGAUGUCGAGCAACACAACAGACCUUUCGGUGCUCGUGACCGCCGGUGAGGUGGACCAGGUGUAUAGAAUGUAUAACGAUAAUCGUAUGGUCCUCACGCAGAUUCGUCUGCCCGUCAUACCAACGAUAGUCGAGAUCUUUGCCGAAGGUGAAGGCUGCGUCUUAGUACAGAGCAAUAUAAAGUACAAUGUUGCACAUGCGACCGGCUCUGAAGCCUUUGAUCUCUCAGUUAAUGCAGCUCCCGCAACGUGGCUGAACGAAUGCUCGAGGCAAAAAAUUACAAUUUGCACGCGAUAUAAAAUGGCAGAUGGGGAAAGUAAUAUGGCAUUACUAGAGAUCAACAUGGUAAGCGGAUACGUCCCGGAUCGUACGAGCCUUCAUUCUCUGUUGGAAGAUCCAGCCACAAAAGUGAAACGUUUCGAGGAUGAUCGCGGUAUCGUCACCAUUUAUUUCGACAAAUUAAUCAACCAAAAGACCUGUAUAUCAUUUACGGUGACCAGAGAAAAUAUUGUGGACAGACUUGAACCAGCGAAUGUAAAACUUUACGAUUACUACCAACAGGAGUUGACGAUAUCUAGCAGCUACAGUUUUGCGGCGACUUGCAGCAGUGCUACUCCGAGUGAAGAAGUGGAGGUUCCCAAUCCGGUGCCGAUAGAGGUACAGGAAAUGGGCAAGGACACCGCGAAGAAGGAUACUGUGGAAAAAGAAGAGGAUAUAAUCGAGAAAACAGCUGAAAUCCCGAACGAUCGAAACGGAACUGUAGAGCAGAUAGGUAAGGCGACUCAGAACUUUGACCUGGUCAAGCAACUCCGUGACAAAGUAACAAAUGAGAAAUCGGUAACCGGCAUACAGUCUAGAAGCGAGAAUAUUUCACCGGUAGACAAUUCCAAUCCUAAAGUAAAUAGUGACGAUAUCAAUACCGUUACGAAUGUUAGCGCAGCCAACAAUAACGGCGUCGAGUCUGUACCACAAAGAGAAGCGGGAAGCGGUCAAACGCCGGACGAGCCGGACAUCAAUUUAAAUCCCGUAUUUGACAGGCUCGGACCACCCAGCAUAGAUCUCGAGGACAUGGAGGCACCGUUCUUAACUUUUAACAGACAGGGCCAAGAUCCUUUUGCGACAGACUUCGACAGAAAUCCGCUCUUCGUUGUGGUUGAUCACGAACUAGCGACUCCCGAGGGUAUCGAAGGGCCUGUACCGGUUUCUGUCAAACCCGGUAUCAUACAUUUUGACGACAAUCCUCUAUCAAAUAUGACCAAUGAAACCGAUCAGAAAAUAGAAGUGGAUCUGAACAACAACGAAACAUUACCACCUCUUGGUUUGAACGAGUCCUGCCCUGUAUGCGCCGAUGAAUUACCGUCGAAUAUUAAUGAAUUUUAUUGCUCCGCCAGUAGCGUCGUAAAGGCGGCGAUCAGACGAUUACGUAAAGCAAGGCUUCUAUUAGAUAUGCAAUCAUCGCACGAAGUCACACGCCUGCAUUCGAUGAUCGCAUUUAUCUUAAGGCCCAAUUGUUCUUGCCCGCCUUUAGAUAACCCUGGAAGUCUAGCACUGCUGAUGCACUUCGAGGACGGCGAGUUUGCUAAGCGCUCGCAUAAUCGAUACGUCUUAGACGAACAGGUUUCUAUAUACGGAUUACCACCGAUUGGUGGUGUUCCACGUGAGAUAACGGACGCUCGAGCAACGUGUGCGAAUCAAGAUAAUAGCGCAUUUCUUAAUCUUCCUACGGCUGACUGAUCUUCGGCGUUCCGCUGAGAAUAUACUAAAUACAAACAGAAAUAACAGAACACGUCAUGUAUCGUAUCAGCAAAACACUCAAUCGAGAAGAAAAAAACUUAAUCGUUUUCAGCCUUACAUAUACAAAAAUUAAAUUACUUGAACUAGAAUAAGAUUUCUCUUGAUUUGAAUCAAGAAAUUCAUCGUUGCAAUUUGAUUCAUUAAUUUUAGCACGUCUCCUGUAUGUAAUUUGAAAGUAAAUUUUACACAGGGUAUGUAGUCGAAUACACUCUGAACUUUCAUCGCAAAUCACUCUUCUGCAUCUCCCACCGUACACAUAUCUCGACAUCACAUAUUCUAUGUUAAGAGUAUGCGAUGAGAAAACAUAAUAUCUAAUAGAAUAAAGUUUUUACAGCGAAAGUCGCGUUAUAUCGAUUGUAUUGUGUUAUAUCGUUUAAUUCUCGUAAUUGUGAAUAGCAAAUAAUUUACAAGUUAACAAUAAACUGUAAAUAAAGCACAGCGAUUUAUGAUA